UCUUGACAGUGCAACAUGGUUUUUUUCCUAGGACCCUCCCAGCCUUGUCCAGCAAGAUGGACCCAGCACUGUCUGCUGUCCGACUUACCGUCCAGGAGGCCGUUCACACCCUUUCAUCCUCAGAGGAUGCUGGCCAUAUCCUUUCCACCCUGGGGACUCUGGAGAGGUACCUCGGUAGAACUGAGGAUCCAGCCCUCCCCAAGGAGAAGGAGGAGUUUGCCACCACCCACUUCUCAAUCGUUCUCAGAUGUCUGGUCAGCAAGCUGAGCCCUAGUUGGCUGGAGCUUGUCCCCGGUGGCCAGCUGGAGAGGCUUUGGGAGAGCUUCUUCCUGGACGGGCCCCCGGACCAAGCCUUCCUGGUGCUCAUGGAGGCCAUCGAGAGCACGGCUGGUCCUAGCUUCCGUCUGAUGAAGAUGGCUCGGCUGCUGGAGACAUUUCUGAGCAAGGGCAGAGUGGCUGCUCUAAUGGCGGAGCAGUGCCGCCCUCAGACAAAGCCCAGGUUCCCCCUGUUCCAGGAGACACUGCUCUCCAAGGUGGUGGGCUUGCCUGAUCUCCUGGGCAACUGUCUCCAGCAGGACAACCUGACCCAGUUCUUCCCCCAGAACUACUUCCCUCUGCUUGGCCAGGAGGUUGUCCAGGCGUUAAAGGCAGUUGUGAACUUUCUCCAAGAUGGCCUAGACUGCUCUGUCUCCUUUGUGUCUCGAGUUCUGGGGAAGGUCUGCAUCCAGGGAAGAAAGAAAGAGAUCCUGGGUGUGCUGGUGCCUCAGCUGACAGUGCUCACGCAGGACAGCUGUGUGUGGCAGCGGGUGUGCUGGCGUCUGGUGGAGCAAGUACCUGACCGGGCUGUGGAGGCUGUGCUCACUGGACUUAUAGAGGCCUCUCCUAGGCCGGAAGUCCUGUCAAGGCUGCUAGGGAACCUGGUGGUGAAGAAUAAGAAAGCGCAGUUCGUGAUGACCCGGAAGCUUCUAUUCCUGCAGUACCAACACACGACACCCAUGCUGCAGAGCCUGCUGGGACACUUGGCUAUAGACAGUCAGCGGCGGCCGCUCCUCAUACAGGUGCUUAAGGAGCUGCUGGAGACCUGGGGCAACAGUAGUGCUGUCCGGCACGCACCCCUGGAGCAGCAGUGCUAUAUCAGCAAGGCCAUCCUUGUGUGCCUGGCACACCUGCGGGAGCCGGAGCUGCAGGACACUCGGGAUGAAUUGCUGGGCAGCAUGAUGGCGGGUGUGAAGUGCCGCCUGGACAGCAGCCUGCCCCCUGUGCGUCGCUUGGGCAUGAUCGUGGCCGAGGUCAUCAGCUUCAGGAUCCAGCCUGAGGGGCCUCACCUGAGAUUCCAAUAUGAAGACGAUGAGAUGAGCCGUGAGCUGCUGGCCCUGGCCAACCCCUGGCCUGUGGGUGACCGCUCCUCGGAAGCAGGAGGCCCGUCCCUGCCUCCUGUUGCCACAGAGCUGCCUAUAGAGACACCUGCAAAGACUGUGGACAGUGACGUCCCCCCAGCUCAGCCGCAGGCCUCUGACUCAGAACUGGACAGUGAUGACGAGUUCAUCCCCUAUGAUAUGUCGGGGGACAAAGAGCUGAAGGGCAGCAAAGAGCCCCUGUACAUCCGAGACUGCGUGGAAGCCUUGACCACGUCUGAAGACAUGGAGCGCUGGGAGGCAUCCCUAAAGGUGCUUGAGGGCCUGGUUUAUAGAAGCCCUGAGGCCACUCGGGAGGUGAGCGUGGAGCUGGCCAAGGUGCUACUGCACCUGGAAGAGAAGACCUGCGUGGCAGAGUUUGAGCAGCUGCGCCAGAGAGCUCUAGUGGCACUUACAGUCACAGACCCAGAGCGGGUAGCCAAGUAUCUGACCUCACAGUUCUAUGGCUUGAACUACAGCCUCCGACAGCGCAUGGACAUCCUGGAUGUCCUUGUUCUGGCUGCACAGGCACUGUCUCGGCCAAGGGGCCUGCAGAGGCGUUCCCAGCACACUUCCCCUGGUUCUGGCACCUUGUGUUCACCAACACCAGCUACUUCUCAGCCUGGUGAUGCUUUGGCUCCUGACUGGCGGGUGGUUGUGGAGGAGCGGAUCAGAAGCAAGACCCGAAGGUUCUCCAAGGGCUGUCCUCGGAAGGAACUGUCAGGUGGCCCCAAUGAGUUCAACUCUGUGGCUGGUUACUUCUUCUUUCCCCUCCUUCAGCACUUUGACAGGCCUCUGGUGACCUUCGACCUUUUAGGAGAUGAUCAGUUGGUGCUUGGAAGACUGACCCACACCUUAGCAUCCCUGAUGUACCUGGCUGUUAACACCACAGUGGCUGUGACUAUGGGUAAGGCCCUGCUGGAGUUUGUAUGGGCCCUUCGCUUCCACGUGGACACUUAUGUGCGCCGAGGCUUGCUGUCUGCUGUGUCCUCUGUCCUUCUCAGUGUACCCACAGAGCGCCUAUUGGGGGACCUGCCAGAUGAGCUGCUAGAAGCCAGAUCGUGGUUGGCAGAUGUGGCAGAAAAGGAUGCGGAUGAGGACUGUAGGGAGCUGGCAGUGAGGGCUCUGCUGCUUCUCGAAAGACUCAAAGAUAAACUCCUAUCCAUAUCCUCUCCAUAGCCCUGAGGAGUUUCCACAGGGGCCCAAAUGUGCCUUGGGCCAUCCCCACUGGAAGAAGA